AUGUUCGGACGGAGGUCAGUGCGGGCGUCUAUCGCACUGAGUUGUGGUGCUCCAAGUAGGGUAGCGCCUCUUAAAACCGUAUCUCUGCUACGACUCAAACUAUCUGCUGCAUGUUUGUUAUUGCGGCUAGUUGCUAAAAUCGGCAAGGCCGUGGAUCUCUCAAAUGCGACUAAGUUUCUCUGGAUCGACUCUACCAUCACUCUCAAUUGGGUAACAUCGAUUUCUCGUAGGUGGUCGGUAUUCGUGGCUAAUCGAGUCGGCGAGAUCCAGCGAUCCACUGACAUCAAAAUGUGGCGUCACGUCAAUUCUCAAAACAAUCCUGCCGACAUACUAUCGCGCAGAAUAAGUGCACACAAGCUGCCAUCAGCGGCCAUAUGGUGGCAUGGUCUUAUCUUUUUACAGUUAAACGAGGAUCAGUGGCCGAGUGAUAGGUUUCAAGAGCUAGAUGACGUUCCGGAACAAAGGGUGAUCGUUGCAACAGUAUACAUUCAAACUGAUAACGUCGUCGACAAAUUGUUGGAAAGGCAUUCCAGCCUGCAUAUGAUAUGCCGCAUAUUGGUUUAUUGCUUAAAAUUCGCCAAGGCACGACGCCACGAGGUGCCUACCGGGCGCCCAUUGCCCUCCGAGACGGCAUUUGCGUUAAGUGUCAUGUGCAGGACUGUGCAAAUGCAAGCAUUUCCAAAUGACUACAAGGCCCUAAGCCAAGGGAAUUCAAUCAACUCAAACAGUAGUUUGCUUUUGUUAUCUCCAUUCAUGGAUAAGGACGGUUUGAUGCGAGUAGGCGGUAGACUUAAGAACUUUGAUUUGCAAUACAACGCGCAUCAUCAAAUACUACUGCCGCGGCACUAUGAACUGACUUGUCGAAUAAUAAAGAAUGAGCACACUCGAGGCAUGCACGCGGGUGCACAGACGACUAUGGCAUGCGUCCGCCAGCGAUUCUGGUCAUUAUCGUUGCGGUCGACAACCCGCAGCGUCAUACAAAAAUGCAUAACAUGCUUUAGGGUAAAACCCAGGUUUUUGGAAGCUACGAUGGGCUCCUUACCGGCAGUUAGGGUCACCGUAUCCAAACCUUUCUCGCACUGCGGCGUCGACUAUGCCAGCCCCGUGACCAUACGCGAGGGCAAGCGCCGAAAUUCAAAGACUAACAAGGCUUACAUCGCGAUUUUUGUAUGCUUUGCCACCAGGGGCGUCCACAUUGAGGUUGUAAGCGAUCUAACAUCGGAAGCCUUCAUCGCCGCCUUUAAGAAAUUUAUCUUGCGCCGAAGCAAGCCCUCGCAUAUGUACUCGGACAACGGGACCACUUUUGUAGGUGCUCGAAAUCAGCUGAAGGAAUUCUAUAAUUAUUAUUGUGAGCAACAGACUCAAUCGGACAUAACAUGGUUAUUGAACGAUCAGAAAAUUGCGUGGAAUUUCAUUCCACCAAACGCUCCCCAUUUCGGCAGACUGUGGGAGGCGGCAGUAAAGUCCGUUAAGACCCAUGGCUCGUAUCGUGGGUGGCGCUAA